UUAUCGGGUUAUUGUUAAACGGCAUUGUCACUGUGUUGUUUGUGACAUUACCGUGUCUAAAUCCAUUUGAAGUUCUGCAUUAUGUUAUGACAAAAGAAACAAUGUGCAAAUUGGUAUAAUGACAAUCUUCGCCAAGUGGCCCAGCAACAUUUUCUAUGGAAUCUACGGAAAGCAGCCCGUUGCGGGCUAAUCGACCAAAAAAAUGGAGGAAUAUGGUUGCCUAUUGGCUUUUGGGUCUCUGCAACAAUUAUGGAUAUGUUGUUAUGCUAAGUGCUGCUCAUGAUGUUCUGGAGAAGACUGAUCAUUCUGCAUCUGAUGACAUCCCUCAGAAAAAUAGCACAGAACGAUUAUGCAAUACAAUGUCUACGGGAACGAUUUUAUUGGCUGACAUUCUUCCUUCGCUAUUUGUCAAAGUGAUUGCACCUUUUUUACCAUUUUUUGUCCACAUCCGGGUUCUGAUUGUCAUCCUGCUGUCGUGUGCGGGCUUUUUGCUUGUGGCCUUCACCACUGCACCAUGGAUGGCCAUCCUAGGGGUUGUUUCAACCUCCUUUGCAUCUGGACUGGGCGAACUUACUUUCCUCGCAUAUUCUCAUAAAUUUGAGAGGUCGUCAAUAUCCAUGUGGUCAUCAGGCACAGGGGGCGCGGGAGUAUUUGGAGCAGGCUCUUAUGCAGGACUUACUGCUUUGGGCUUAUCAUCGAAAUCUUCUCUGCUGCUAAUGUUGAUUGUUCCUGUUAUUAUGGGACUGUCGUUCUGGUUGCUUCUGAAACACCCUGGAAGAAUUUCAUGUUGUAGCGAUGAUGGAUCACUGAUCAUACAGAAUGAAGACAGUCCAACAAACAUUGUAGAAGCAGAUGAAAGCGUUCAAGAUUCAAAUGAUCAGUCUGUGAUACAUUCAUUCUAUAGGAAGCUUUGUGAUAUUCCACCAUUAUUUAGAUAUAUGAUUCCAGUUGGUCUAGUCUAUUUAUUUGAGUACUUUAUUAAUCAAGGCUUGUUUGAGUUGAUAUAUUUUGAAGGACUGUCCAUUGACCAUAAAGAACAAUACAGAUGGUAUCAGUUGGAUUAUCAAAUUGGAGUUUUUAUUUCUCGGUCAUCUGCUAGUUUCUUCACUCUCAAGAAAAUUUGGUUGAUGGCUGUGUUUCAGUUUCUGAAUGUUAUUAUAUUCACAUUUGAAGCCAUUUACUUUUAUAUCCCGAAUAUCUGGAUUGUAUUCGCCUUGAUUUUAUGGGAAGGCACCUUGGGAGGUGCUGCAUAUGUGAAUACAUAUUACAGGAUUGCAAAUGAGGUGGCUCCAGAGAAAAAGGAGUUUUCUCUCAGUAUCACAACAUUGGCCGAUGCUAUUGGCAUUGGCCUUGCUGGUGCUAUAUCCAUUCCUGUUCACAAUAUUAUAUGUAAAAUGCCUGCACCUACUAGAUUAUGAGGUCUUGUUGAUGCACUAUAAAAAUAAGUUAAAACCUGUGGUCUUCCUUUUUGAUAACUGAGCUGCAGUGGAGAGCAAAGUGUCCAUAAAAAUUAUGAAAAUUUGUCAAUUAAACUUUUUCAGGUUUGCUACUGCCUAACAAUGCAUUUUUUAAAAUUUCUUUUACUUCCUUUUGCUCUCUUUUUGUUCUUUCCAAUUUAAAAGACUGACAACUGGCAGAAUUCUUCAGCACUAAUAAGCUCACGAAUGCUUGUUUAUAUUGUGCUUCCUUAUUCUUGCCAAUAUUAUUUUUUAUGACAAUCAAUUUGUAUCUCGUCUUAGACCAGUUUAAUUCCUUGAGCUGUGAUUGGUUAGCAAUUAUUAAAGAUAACAUUUGAGAUAGAUAUAAAGUGUGAAUCUGGCAAUUUUAUUAUGAAAAAAUAAUUAAAGGCAAAAAUAAUAUUAAUAUUAUAUGCCUUUUCCACAUGAGUGUUAUCUUUUUGUGGGUUGUCUUGACACUUGUGACUCCCCACUGUGACACCCACUCCAACCAUCAAUGGUUAGGGUUCACGUUUCAAAAUGUGUUCCAAGAGAAGUGAUGAUUAGGAGAGUAAUGUGAAAAGGAUUGGAAAAAAUUGAACUUCACCAGUGUUGAUGUCAGGGCUCAGAUGCAACAUGUGCCUUGUUGAUUUUACUACAAGCCAUUUCCGAAUAUUGUGAAAUUGUUCAUAAGUUUGUGAAUGACAUUUUGCAGUCACAUUAAUGGGAACAGACCUUGUAUUUAUUUUCAUCUUGUUCUUUGUAGUAUUUAUCUUACUACUUUUAUUCAGUAGUGUAUAUAUAUACAUUUGAUUUCUCUGAGAAAUUUCUUGUAUUUCAGAUGUGAGCAUAAUGAUUAAAUUUGAGGUAAAUUAUAUAAUCAAGAGGGACCAAAUUUUCUUGGCAAUAUCUUUACAGCAAAUUUGCAUUUAUUAAAAUCAUCCUGUCAAUCAAUUGGUAUCAUCCUGGUAUCAAUUGUAGCAAACAAUUUUAAUUGCUAUAUUCAACUAUGUGUGGGAAAGAGAGAGGCUAGAGGUUUUGGAGAUUGAGAUAACAUGCAGGUUUUACAAAGAAACUUCAUUAUUUGAUUUCAGUUGGUAUGAUUGCAUACAAACGAUCUGAAAAAAUGUGUGUGUUAUAUUAUAUAAAACAUAUUUUCUAAUAUUGUAGGGUAAUGUAAAACCUGGUGUUGAAAAUUGGAAUCUUUCACAUUGGUCUAUUUUCAAUUCUACUGUUACAAUGUAAAAUUGAAUUAGUAAAUAAUUAUAAAUUAAAAUUCAUAUUAUGAUGGUCAUGUGUGUGUCCUAUGGUGUGGAUUGUAAUUAGGUGAAUGAGGAAGGACAAAGAAUGAUGAUUAGGAUAUUUGAAAAUUGGAAUGUUUGCCUGGAAUAAAAGUAUUAUAAUGAAAGUAGCAGAAAUAUCAACAGGUAGCUCAAAAAAUAUUUUGUAACAAUUUUGUGAAAAUAACCCAUUAAUAUUAAAACCCACAGUGUUCGAAUUUGACUGAAUAAAUUUAAAAAUAAUAUUUUACAGUAUUAAAUUAAUUUUGUCUUGCAUUACGUGGACAAUCUGAAUUUAGUGAUUGCUGCAUUAUUAUUUGUUUUAAAUCUCUUUUUUGUUGUAAAUUUGUAUUUUUAUUGGUAAUAAACAAUUGUAUUCAACAAAUUUUAAUUGCAUAUAUUUAAUGUAUUGUUUAUUUUAGAUUAUCUGUUGAGUAGUGAAUAUAUCUUUCAAAAGACGUGAGAUUAUUCA